AUGCCGCCCUGUCAGCGUUGCGGCCUUGGCAAGAGGAGCGGGAGAGGCCGCGGCUGGUGCAGCAACCAAGCCUGCAGAGAGGCCGAGAGAAAGGAGAAGGAGGACGCCAAACUCCCUGUGCUGCCCCCCUGCGACCGCUGUGGCAAGAAGAAAUCUGGUAGAGGACAAGGCCACUGCGAAGACAGCGCUUGCAGAGAAGGGAAGAGAGAGGAGCAGCAAGCAGCCAAGCGCUUGCGACAAGAGGAGCGGGCAGAGAAAGGAGCCGGUGAGCGAGGACCUUGCCCAGGGGAAGGCGCGGCCGGCCCAGGGCGGCCCGUGGACACGGAGGAGGCACGGGCGCAGAAGCUGGAGGUAGUGCGCGGGCCGCCUUUCUUUGGCGAUGACAACUUCGAGGCGGUGAAGGAGUCCUACGGCAAGUGUCUGCGUGCGUGGGGCCGCUUUGGCUUGUCCAAGGCCUGCGAAGAAUGCUCCACGCUGACUCCAGCGAGGUAUUGCUGCCUGUCCAGAGCCAUGCAGAAACAGGCUUGCAAGAAUUGCCGGGAGAAGAAGACCAGCUACAAGUUGCCUUCUUUGCCCCCCAUCCCACCGACCUUGGCCGCCCUAUCCUAUCUGGAGCGCCGGCUGCUGGCCAUGGCCAAGGUGGACCAGACGCUGAUUGACAAGCUGCCUUCCGGUGGGCCGAGCGCGCAAUGGGGGCGGAUGUAUAUCGUGCCUCACGACGAGCCUUCUCUUUGCAAUGUGUUGGAGGGGGCGGAGCUGCGCGAAGAUGGUGCAGUCUACGUGGAGAGCGUGCAGGGGAUGCUGGCUUCUACAGCGCGUUUGCAGUACCUGCAAGCCGCCUUGCAAACCUUGAAGGCCCAGCAUCAAGCUUAUCAAGACAACGCCGCUGUGGACGCAGCCUUGGCGACCAUGGCGCGCAUCCUGGCCCAACUUCCUGCCGCGCUACCAGACGACCGCGAGGAGGACGAGGGCACCGAGGAGCAGUUGGAGGUGACGUAUUUGAUGCCGCGUUCCUGGAUCCGCUGCGCACCACUGCAAAGCAUGUCAGCUGCAGUGGACACCCCGCAGUGGCCGGUGCGAAUGCGGCCGAGACGUGGAGGCGUGAAAUGGGCCAUGACUCUGAGCUAUUCAGAAGGUAUUCAGCAACUAUUUGGAACCUAUUUAGCAGCUAUUUAG